AAGAUAAAAACAAAGGCAGUGUAGAUUAGUAUGAUAAACGUUCCCGUGUGAAGACACGCUUCUAAGUUCUAGUGAUAUCCAUAUCCUGUGUUGUGAAUUUAAAAUCGAUAUGUUAGUGUUCAUAUUGACUGUUACAGGAAUUUUUUCAAUAGUAUCUUCAGAAAGCUGCAUCUAUCGACGAUGCAUAGGAUGUCAUCCACACGAAACGGCUUGGCCAGGGUCCUCAGUAGAAUGCGAUCCAAGGAACUGGGUGUCAGCACAAUGGCUGCACAAUCUCGGGCAUCGACCACCAUCUACGGGUUCAAAUAUGGCUAUAGAAAUGAGAUGCUUAAAAAUGAUAGCAACACCGGAUGAUAAGUCGUUUGGCAACACCGUGGACACAAUUCGAGGAUGCGUGCCCAGGGCACAAGUGGACUCAGUCUGCAACGCUCUCGUCGCAGUGGAGAGAGCUCGCGGGCACAGCGAUGCGCGCUGUUUCUAUUGCAAUGGCGAUAACUGUAACUCUGCCAAGAAAAUCCUAUCACCUUUUCAUAUUCCUAUAUUGUCUGUCAUUUUAUACUUUGUCCUGAGGUGAAUUUCUAAUCUAAUUAAUAGGUAUCUUUUAAGUUACAAUCAUCAUCAACGUCAACUGACUGACAGACGUCCACUGCUAGGCAUAAGAUUCUUGUAAGAAUUUCCACACGCUACCGUCUUGCCCGCCUCCUGAAUCCAGCGGCUGCUUGCGACUCGUUUGAGUCCGUCCACCUUAUGGGGGGUUUACCAACACUGCGCCUUCUGGUGCGAUAUGUUACACAACGCGACGUCUAUAAAUUCCGCUUAUUUGGGUAGGUACGAGUAUAAAGCGCGCAAAACUUGUACUUCAUGUCCAAUUGGAACACGACGCGUAUGACUGCGCGUGCGCAUUGUACAAAACAGAUCUCAACCGGGCUUUAUUUUUAACCAUAUAACGUGCGCAGACCGCCAUGUUGCAACUUCAGAUUGGAAUACUUAGGUACCUACUUGUUUUACGGUCACUGUAAGUUUAAAACUUACAACUGUUGAUAUUUAAAAAAGAAAACAAGUCAACAGGAAUUACUGGAUCCUUAUGAUUAAAACUAAGCAAACUCGCAGGUUGUAACAUUUGAGUUUAACGGCCAAUAGGCCAUGUAAUAUGUUCAAAAACUUUUUCUCUAUCUUCGAUCAUAUAAUGUCCAUUUUAGUGUGUUAGUGAAAUAACAAUACCAAAAAGAAUACCCAGUGGAAUUCGCUAUAGGCUUCUUGUCAGGGCGCAUUUUUAUUAUUUUUAUUAUAAUACCAUUAUACCUAAUACUUAUAUUAUAAACUCUGGUAGUUUUAGAUUUUAGUUCAUGUAAAUAAUAAAUUACCAUCACAUUACUGUGAAAAGUAUUAUUUUUAAACUUUAACAGGUGAUUUUAACAUCCAUUAGUAAAUAAAAUGACUUUGAUUGCUGUAAUUUUUGUCAAAAUGCUUGCUGUAGUUU